GCCUUAUACCCAUUCCAUUUUUUCCGUCAGUCUGCAAGGAUGAGUCGCUCGCCGCGGAGGUGCCUAUUUGGCCGUCCGGAUAUAGCUGUGCUGGAGGAACAGCUCCAACAACUCGAGCGCGAGGCGGCCGUUGAAUUUCGCACACGAUUGGCAAAAUAUGAAGUUCUCCCUGCCGACAUUUUUGUCGCGAUUGCCGAGCCGGAGCCAAACGCCGAUCAGCAGCCGCACAAUGAGCUAAACGACAAGCGAGAAGAGGUUGUAGCUGCUGAGGCUCCAGAAGUCGGUACAGAGAGACUGGAUAUGAGUGAAUCUCCACAUCGCCCAGACGAAGAAUCCCAAAAUAAUCUAAGUCCUUUGCAAACUCCCGAAGAAGAACUGAGCGCAGAACCGACUGACAAUGAAUAGCUCCCGAAACUCUUCACUCUAGUAUUUCCAGCAGGGUUCAAAUAGUCAGUUUAAGGCGUCACUUUUCUUUCUCAGUCAGCAAAAUCACAACCCUAGUCCCUACUAUGUGUGACCAAAAACCAAUUUUAAUUAUUAAUUUCUCAACGUGAGCCUUGAUUUUAACAUAAAUCAAAUCCAAAUAGCCGUAGCGUAAUUUAUGCUGAUUGUAUCCUAUUAUACUUAAUGAAAUACUUAAUUUUGCUGUGCUAAUUUAUUGGCUAUGUUACAACAAGUAAAAAUCUUGAUUAAAGAAGAACCAUUAUUAAAGAAGAAAUAUCUGCUUUUUAUUU